AUGCAAUCAGAGUGGAAGCAGCCCAACGGCAAUGGUCAGAUGCAGAUCAAUCCGCUGCAGAAUACGGCCAACCAGCCGCUGCUGCUGCCCGCCCUCUUCCCCGGCCUGGGCCUUCCCUUCACGCGGCGGCCGGCACCAAGUCGCGGCCGCGCCGCCCGACCGAAGAAACAGUUCAUCUGCAAGUACUGCCAGCGCCACUUCACCAAGAGCUACAACCUGCUGAUCCACGAGCGCACGCAUACGGACGAGCGGCCGUUCUCGUGCGACAUCUGCGGCAAGGCCUUUCGCCGACAGGACCACCUCAGGGACCACAGGUACAUCCACUCGAAGGAGAAGCCGUUCACUUGCGGUGUGUGCGGCAAGGGCUUCUGCCAGUCGCGCACGCUGGCCGUACACAAGAUCCUGCACAUGGAGGAGUCGCACCGCUGUCCCACGUGCAGCCGCAGCUUCAACCAGCGCUCCAACCUGAAGACCCACCUGCUGACGCACACCGACAUCAAGCCCUACUGCUGCACUGACUGCGGCAAGGUGUUCCGACGGGCGCAGCACAUGUCGCAGGACAAGGCGCAGCAGCUGGAGGCCGCCCGCGGCGCGCCCGCGCCCACCGUGACGGCGAAAGUCGCCAAGUUCAGCAUAGAGUCGCUCAUGUCGUAA